UUAGUAAAUGUUUGAGCUUCGAUUAAAUAAAAAGAUUCUAUUUGUCCGGUUCAAUAACGUUUUAUCUGGUUAAAACAUUCGCCAGUGACGUUUUUCCUGACAGUACUUCACUUCCCAUGAGCACUAGCGACAUGCUUCUGUCACAUGACGCGUCGCGGUUUACGUCACAGGUCACCAUGGCGGCGGCUGCUGUUUCCAGCGAAGACUUCACGAACCUGCAGCUUCUCCUCCAGGCUCCGUCUAAAGAUGCAGUGAGAGACAUCUGUGUUCAGAGUCAUCGGGGUCCGAGUGUCCGGCUGGUGGAGAGCACUGCAGCGGCACUCAGUAUCCCAGCAGCCCAGGCUGCACAGGUAACAGCUGCACCUCGCUCCUCACGUCCUCUUCUACACCUCACCUCCAGACCGUCUGUCUUCCCCGAGUCCUUCCACCCGAGCCUGAAGAAAAUGAUCACCAAGAUCCUGCUGGAGCACAGUCCCGUGUGGAGGACGGACGCUGUCAGCGAUCACAUUUCCCUCCCUCAGCUCACAGACCUGGACUGGAGAGUGGACAUGGUGACGGGCUCAGACUCCGUCGGUCGCAUGUCGGUGCCGACCUGCCUGGUCCGGCUCCAGACGCAGGAUGCGGCAGCAGGAGGUGAGUGCGUCUCCGCGGUGACGGUGGAGCUGAGUCGUGAGUCUCUGGACACCAUCCUGGACGGACUGGGACGGAUCAGAGACCAGUUGUCUGUUGUGGCCGGGAAGUGACAUCACUCAAAGCUCGGCCCGUUCAAAGAUGGCCGACGUGUCGCCGCUUCCUCCCGCUGGCGAGGACCGAGGGGCGGCCAUCUUUGAAGUUCAGGAAGCUCCGUCUGUAGUUUGGACUGGAGUUAAGACGGACGGACCAGGAAGACGUGUCCUCAUUCAGACUUUUUAAUGAAUCAACACAGAGUCAUUUAGAAAUAGAUUCACAUUUACUAAUAAACCUUGUUUCCAUA